AUGAAACUUUUUACUGUCGCUAAUACAACUUUACUACUUAGCAUCUCAGUUCCGGUAACUUCAUCGUCGACUCAACCAAGAGCCGGUCAACAAUUAGCGGUGCCAUAUCAAACGGACUCAUUCUUUGUUUAUUGUAGAGAUGGGGCAGAAUAUAAUAGUGAUUAUCUCCGUGCUUUGGUCAAACACGGAGUAGAUUUACUGAAUUCAAACCAUCCACAAAUAAUAUACGUUACCUAG